ACGGUAUUAGGCAAGAUGCUUGCUGACCGGGUCCCCCAAUCUUCUCCUCACCGUUUCAACGCUUCCCCAGAUUUCCCCAGACCCCAAAUUGGCGCCGGUUGUCUACAUAUACUAACAACAUCCCCACCGAACUCUCUCGUCUAGAGCGACCCGGUUCCGAGGGUGUUGGUAUUCUCUUGUGAGCAGGUUUUUGUCGACAUUUUGUGGGGUAACUGUAGCUGGCAAGAUGCCUUUCGGAAUUCUGGACUGCAAAAAGAUGGAAGUCGUGCCUGGCACGGCUAUCCUGGCCGAUCAGGAUGACCUACCACCCGAGUACUCCGAGGUCCCCCGGGAGCGGCUGAAACACGGAAAAGGUCGAUACAAGGACGUCAUUCUCGUUCCCCAGCCUUCAGACGAUCCGAAUGAUCCGUUAAAUUGGCCCCAAUGGCAAAAAGAGAUGAUCCUCUUCAUCGUCGGCCUGUCGGCCGCGGUCGUCGGCGCUUACGGUCCGAUGCUUGGGCCGGGCUUCGUCCCCGUCGCCGCCAAACUCAACAUCACGAUCGAUGUCCUCUCGCAGUCAACUGCCUGGCUCAUUCUCACCAUCGGCCUCGCCCUCUUCAUCACCAACCCACUGGCCAAGAUUAUCGGUCGCCGCCCGGUAUACAUCGGGGCGAUCAUGAUCAUGUUUGCCACGAGCGUCUGGGGCGCCGCCGUUGGGGAGUACCCCUCGUUCCUGGCUAGCCGCGUCAUUGCCGGCUUCGGCAUGGCGCCGUACGAGGUUCUGGUGCAAUGCACCAUUGGUGACAUGUACUUUGUCCACGAGCGUGCCACGCGCAUUGCCGUUUGGAACCUGUUCCUCUUGACGGGUAUUAGUGGCGGUGCUCUCGUGGCCGGGUACAUCAUCGAACGGGACGGCUACCAAUGGACGUUUGGCGUCUGCGCCAUCUUCUUUGGCGUGCUGAUGCUGGCAGUCAUCUUCCUUGUGCCAGAGACGGCGUACCGGAGGAAUCUGGUCAUUGCGGCGGUCGGUAGUGACAAGGAGGAUGUGACAGACGAGAAGGAGGUUCAGGCUACACAUCAAGAGGGAGUGGGAAGGCCGUCAACGCCGACAAAGAGGCGUUCGUACUGGCAGUCGUUGCGCGUCUUUACGGGCCGCUACUCUCACGCCCCGGGCUGGAAGCCCUUCCUUCGCCCAGUCAUCAUGCUGUUCUACCCGGCGGUGAUGUGGGGUUUCUUGGUCUAUGGAACUGUGCUUACCUGGAUCGUCGUUUUCUCGGUCGUCAACGGCGUCAUCUUUGUUGCACCGCCGUAUAACUUCACCGUCAGUCAGACCGGCCUGAUCAGUCUGUCUCCGUUCAUCAUGACCAUUAUUGGCGAGGUGAUUUCCGGACCCCUUAACGACUGGAUCUGCCUCUACCUUACCAAGAAGAACAAGGGCGUUUAUGAGCCAGAGUUUCGACUCCCGCUCAUUAUUCCUGCCACAAUCCUCGGUGUCGUCGGCUUUUUCGGCUUUGGAGCAACAGUUCAGUACCAGACGCACUGGGUAGGUCCCGUGCUAUGCUUCGGCUUCGCCAACAUGAGUCUGGUCUUUGCAUCCACUUGUGUGUUUGGCUAUGUCGUCGACAGCUACCGCGAGCACAACGAGGAGGCAUUUGUGGCCAUCAACGCCAGGAACCUGCUGACCUUUGGCCUCACGUACUUUGUCAACUCGUGGUUGGCGGCCCAGGGUCCGCUAAUUGUCUUUUGCAUUCUGGGGUCGCUGUUCGUCUUCGUCAUGAUGCUGACAAUCCCGCUUUGGAUUUUUGGCAAGAAGAUCCGGAGCUUCACUGGCCGCAAUCCUUGGCUGCAGAGGUUUAUGAAUGACAAGAAUUAGGCUUGGUAUGAAGAACGGAAUUAAGAUAUAUGGUAAUCGAUGGAUUGUCUGUUAACUAUCAGUCUCUGGUUUUGGAUACCGCUGGGCUUAGUAUCUCGCCCAAAU